UCGUCUGCGACGACCUCGGCUUCAAAGAAGCCUGACAUCCCAUGGGCCCCUGAUCUUUCUCUGGAGGACAGGCCUAUCAUGGCUAGUGAAAGUGCUGAUGAUAUCAACGUUGCUGUUGCCCUUAGCACUGCUCUUCUUCUACCGAAUGACUUGGAGCGAAAUGCCAAGUUCAGUGAGUAUGAAAAUUAUGCUCUGAUGCUCCAACACUCUGCCCAAGCUAUCCAACAUGCCCAUUCAUUUUCAAUGCAAUCUUUUGAAAAUCGUCAAAGAUUGGUUGAUAUGAAGAGGGAAACAUCUUCACUGAAGAGAGAGAUAAGGGCCCUUGAAGCAAAGAUGAAAAAACUGGAGGAUCAGGCCGAGGCUGCAACGAAGAACCAUACCUUAGCUCUAGAAAAGGCCGAGGCUGCUGAAGCCGUUAAAAAAGUAGCUGAAGCCGAGAAAAGGGAGGCCGAAGCUCAGAAAGUCCAGGCGCAAAAAGAACUUCAACAAGCUCUGGCCACCAAGGAGGCCGAAGUGAAAGAGGCCGAUGAAAAGGCCUAUGCUCAAGGCAUGGCCGAUGUUGCAGAAGACUACAAGCUUCAAGUCAGGCAGGCAUGCAACAGGGGAUUUUCCCUUGGUUGGAUGUCCCUGAUAAAGAAGCUUGAUCUCCCUGCUGACUCGCCAUUGCGCCAGGCCAACGCUAUUCCUUUACCAUUUCCUCCUCCAAGUCAGACUGAAGACGAAUCAGAGACCGAGGUAGAGGCUGAGGCUAAAGACGAGGAGAAAAAUGAUGAGGAGGCCUUGGUGAGGAAACCCAAGGAUACUGCUGGGGCCAAGUCCCCUCUUCCAGCUGAACAAGUUUUGGAUUUAACUCAAGAUGAAGGGGGUGAUGAGGCUGUGGAAGUGUCCAAGGAGUCCGUUCAAGGGUGUCCAUCAUCUGACCUCCUUCUGACUGAGAGAAGUCUUGACACAACAUUGGCAGAGAUAGAUGCCGAAAUACAAGCGGAGAAAGUGGCCGAGGAGAUUCCACCUGAAUCGUCCGAGGUCCCAGUUCUUGCUGUGGCUGAUGCUCAAGAGUCUUGA